AUGCGAUCGGCGGACGAGUUCCCCUCCUGCGUCCUGGCGACGAUCUGCGCGUCCCCGGUUGGUCGGGCAGCUGCAACCCAGGCCCACAAUCCUCGCACCAGAUAUGGAAACGGGCCUCCGCGCAACAUUCACCACCUCAGCCUCGUCGAUCCGGCGCUCCAUCAUCCCGCUCUCGCAGAUGUACUCAAGGUCCCGGUCAACCGUGCAGUGAUCGACUACGUUGUCGACGUAACUGUGGACACGGUUGACUUUGCCCUCGGGCGCUCUUCCGCGAUGAAGCGCGGCCGCUCUGCACGUCGCGACCAAAAGCGUGUCGCCUUCACCGAGCUCAUCCAACGCGUGAUCGCCCGCGCUGAGGUCCCCAUCACCGUCGUCCUCGUCCUCCUCGCCUACAUCGAUAGGUGCAAGCCGCAUCUGCGCGUGGCCUCCGACGCCUACGUGCACGAGCGCAUCUUCCUCGGCGCCCUCAUCGUGGCAGCCAAGUACCUGAACGACUGCUCCCCCAAAAACGGCCACUGGGCGCGCUACACCGCCGAGUUCUCCAAGGCGGACAUCGGCCUCAUCGAGCGCGAGUUCCUCGCCGUCCUCGACUUUGACCUCGGCUUCAAGGAGGCGGACCUGCUCGCGCACUGCGACGCGCUCCUCGGCUGCGCGGAGCCGACGCCCGCGUACCGGCACAGCAAGCCCGUGCGGCGCGUCGUGCGCGAGGAGAUCGAGGAGGUCCCCCGCGAUGCGUCCACGAGCCCUGUCUCCUCCGUGUCCUCCGCCGACUCGACGCCGCCGCGCACGCCGCACACCGCCGAGAUGCUCCCGUCGGCGCACAAGCACGUCCGCAAGGUCGCCGCGUCGAAGCCGCACCUCGUGCUCAGCGACACGCCGCUUAGCCAAAUCUGCGCGGUCACCGUCGUCGCCUCAUAG